CAGCGACCCAGCAAACCAGCAAGCAAUAAUUGAGCUUGUCUGCUCGCUCGCACGCGCACACCCGCAGAAGAGGAGCCCACCUCGGCAGCCCCAUCUGUCAAGCGCUCAUCACCUCGACACGACUGGCUGACUGGCUGAAUUGGCUGUGUUUUGUUGACAUUCCUCAGUCUUCCCCGUCUCUCCCGCCCCGGCCAGAACCUUCACCGCAAACCUACCAGGCCCCCUGAUCAUACGAUGGGUCUGGUCUGCCCAUAUCGAUAUCGAUAAGCCAGGAUUCCCUCCAUCCUGUUUAAAUUUCCACCGUCGUAUCGGCUCGAUCUGUCGAGUCGCUUCCUCCUGGGCCAUGAUGGCUUCAAUGUCAAGAUCUCUUGGCAGCGGCCUCGCAAGAAGUAGGCUCUUCGAUGAGUCCGCUGCCGCCCUGCGCUGUCCGGCCUGUUUUCGCCGGCAAGCCCUCCACCAGACUGCCCUGAGGCCUGGGCACAUCGCUCCCAGUCGCCCACUGGCCCCCGCCCCGGGCCCGGCCAGCCGCCGUGCGUACUCGCAGAAGUCCCAGCAGAGGCCUAGGUUCACGUCCAGGUUACGCAUGGCACUGGGCAAAUCCAAGACCGAGUGGUACUUCAUCCCGGUCGGUGUUGGUAUAGGCUUCCUGGGACUGGCGCAGGGCUACAAGGUCUACACGCGGGAGAAGGAGAGGCAGGAGGAUGACGAGUUCGAGAGGAAGCCCAAGAGGCGCCCCCGGGUGAGGCCCGAGGGCCCGUGGCAGGUUCGCGUCAUGUCUACCCUGCCUCUGAAGGCGCUUUCGAGGUUGUGGGGAAAGUUCAACGAGGUAGACAUUCCAUACUACUUCCGUGUUCCCGGCUUCAAGCUAUAUUCUUGGGUAUUUGGCGUCAACCUCGACGAGGUCUCCGAGCCUGAUUUGCAUGUAUACCCUAACCUCGCAGCCUUCUUCUACCGCACACUCAAGCCCGGCGUCCGUCCUCUGGAUCCCGACCACAAUGCUCUGCUCUCGCCCUCGGAUGGAAAGGUGCUGCAAUUUGGUCAGAUCCAGGGCGGUGAUAUUGAGCAGGUCAAGGGCAUGACCUACAGCAUCGAUGCUUUGCUCGGCAAGAACACGCCAACACCAAGCAUAAGGUCCGGCACCAGCACGCCUGCGCCGGAUGGUAUCACGGCCCAAGAAAAACACAGGGAUGCCGAGAUCGUCAAGCAAGACGAGGAGUUUGCUCGUGUCAAUGGCAUCUCGUACACCUUGCCAAACCUGUUGACCGGCCCCGCCAUGUCCCAGGACCAGAAAGGCCGCCCCGAAGAUCAGUCCACUGCCGCGUCACCAACCUCUGUUUCUGAGGUCCGUGCCGAUCUUGCCCUGGGCGAAAAGCCGUGGUAUGAUCUCUUGUCCCAGGACAACCCGACCUCGCUGUACUAUGCCGUUAUUUACCUCGCACCUGGCGACUACCACCGAUUCCACUCGCCCACCAACUGGGUCGUUGAGCGCCGGCGACACUUUGCCGGCGAGCUGUACAGCGUGUCUCCGUACCUCCAACGCACCCUGCCUGGCCUAUUUACGCUCAACGAGCGUGUGGUGCUGUUGGGCAGGUGGCGAUGGGGCUUCUUUUCAUAUGUGCCCGUGGGCGCGACCAACGUCGGAUCCAUCAAGAUCAACUUCGAUCGUGAGCUGCGGACCAACAGCCUGACGACAGACACCGCGGCCGACAGGGCGGCUGAGGAGGCUGCUGCACGAGGAGAGCCGUAUAGCGGAUUUUCUGAGGCUGGCUACGCGAUGGCGAGCCCCGUGCUCCAGGGACACGCACUGCGCCGCGGUGAGGAGAUGGGAGGUUUCCAGCUGGGAAGCACCAUCGUGCUGGUCUUUGAGGCUCCGCUUGGUCAAGAGGAUGAGAGCGGCAAGCUCAGGGGCGGGUGGACCUGGAAGGUGGAGAAGGGGCAGAAGGUCAAAAUGGGUCAAGCGCUAGGAAGGGUCGAUGAGGAGUAGACCAGGAGGAAUGCCAUCUUCAAGACGAUGUAUAAACCAAGCUAUUUGUACUUUUUGGUACCACUCACCCUGGGGAACGUGUACCCAGGUCAUUCUCAAACAAGCAAUAUGGCUAUUGAAGAAGCCGGAAGUAAUGCCAUCCUGAUUUCGACACAA